AUGGCUUACUUCGCCAUAACUUCGCUAAUGGAAACACUACAUUUAAAUUUCUUGCAACCAGAACCACCCUUUCCUCUUGAUGAUUUAGAGGCACAGAUCAGAGAUGACAAUGAAAAUGUUAGCUUGCUGCCAGAAUUUCUUAGAUCUGAGAUUGCCAAUGAUGAUGAGGCCAUGAAAGAUCUAGAGGAUCUAGAGGCUGAGAUUAGAGAUGUAUCGUUGAAAGUCGAAAAGAAAAGGAUUGAGAUGGCAUUGGGUGAGGGCUGGACAAAGCUUUGGCUUCAUGGAAUAGUCUUCAAUCAAGCAGUAAACCAAACUGAAAGUUCAUCAAAAAAUGCUCGGGAUAGUGUACAAAGCUGCUUUCCAGAAGAUGGACGCUGUACACUGUUGAUUCCUUGCCUGGCUGAAGUCAAACAAAAGAUUGUAUCUCUCCAUGGAAAUCUUGGGUUGAUGCAAGAAGUUGUUGAGAAAUCUGAGAUUGAUGCGGGGGCGAUGAAAGAUGUAGAGGCACAGAUCAGAGAUGUAUUGUUCAAAGCUGAAGAAAGGAUUGAAAUGGAGUUGAGUGUGAUUAAUCUAGCAAAGGGCCAGAGAGAUAGUGUUCGUAUGACAGCUAGCAUGCGCAGGCUUCAGGGAAUCUUCAAUGAAGCAGUAAAACAUACUGAUUACCUCAAGAACGAGUUAAUCAGGCUUGCAAAGGCAGAUCUAGAACCCCAAAACAUUACUGUGAUGAGAAAAUUUUCCAGAAAGGCUUCAAAGUUCGACAGUAGAAUGGUGGGAUGCGAGGAGGAGUUCAUGAAGAUAUUGGAUCAGCUCACACAACAAUCAGCUAAGAAGCGACGAGUUGUAUCAAUUGUUGGCAUGGGAGGAAUCGGCAAAACUACUUUAGCUCAGAAAGUUUAUGAAGAUCUAACAAUUGCUUCUCAUUUUGACAGGCGAGCAUGGGUUAGUGUAUCUCAACAGUAUAAUGUGGAACAAAUGCUCCAAAGCCUAAUUGGUUCUGUUAUUGCAGCAUCAAGAGAUGAACUCCUUGAACAGAGGAAUGUUAUGGAUGAACAAAGAAAUUCCAAAGACAAAUUAGCAGAAAAUCUGCGUAAACGGCUGAUGGGUCAAAGAUAUUUGAUAGUGAUGGAUGAUGUAUGGAGCACAGAUGCUUGGGAUAGUGUGCACAGAUGCUUUCCAGAUGAUAAUAAUGGAAGCCGUAUACUAUUGACUUCUCGGCUCAAAGAAGUGGCUGAAUAUGCUAGCUCAGGUAACUCUCCUAUUUACAUGCCUUUCUUAGAUGCCAAUGAAAGUUGGAAUCUCUACUGCAAUGUGUUUGGUAAAAAAGAAUUUGUUUUGGUGUUUGAGCAAGUUGGUAGAGACAUAGUGAAGAAAUGUAAAGGAUUACCUCUAGCUAUCAUUGUAGUAGCUAGUCUUCUCUCCAAGACAGAGGAGAAGGUGGAGAAGUGGAAGAAUGUUGCAAAAAAUGUAAUUGAUGACUCUAACGAAGCAUGUUCAGAAAUACUAUCUUUGAGUUACAAUCAAUUACCACACCACUUGAAGGCUUGCUUUCUAUAUUUUGGAGUUUUUCCAGAAGACUCUGAGAUCCCUAUGAAGAAAUUGGUUAAGUUGUGGGCAGCAGAGGGAUUUUUGGGGGUAGUGAAGCAUCGGAAUAUGGAGGAAGUGGCUAUGGAAUUUUUGCAAGAUCUUGUUGAUAGAAGCCUUGUUAUAGUUAGCAAACAAAGUCACAACGGCAAAAUCAAGGCAAUAAAGAUACAUGAUCUGUUGCGAGACUUGUGCUUAAGAGAAGGUGGACACAAAAAUCUCUUGAGUGUCAUUGGGGGAUUUACUCUUCCAAAACGUUGUCAUUGGAUAAGUAUUAAUCCCCAAUAUUUCAAUAUUAAACACUUUUUAGAGCUCUUUGACAAAUUCCAUUCCUUACACUCUUUUGAAUUUAUUGAUUUAAGCAUUGAAGCAUUUUGUAGCUUCAAACUACUGAGAGUAGUAGACAUGAACCUUGGGCACUGGAACUUUGGGUGCAGGAAUCUGUGGGAUUUUGGAGCUAGGGUACUAAAUACGGAAAAUCUUAUUCAUUUAAGAUAUAUAGCUUUGUCUAUAAACGGAAAAAAAUUCCCUCUUACAUUGAUGCCCGUUGAGCAUUGGAAUAUACAAAGUUUUAUUAUUCGUGCACGUGGUGAUAUGUUGGAUACUUCUCAGGCAUAUAGAAUUUGGAAAAUGCCACUGUUAAGAAAUUUUUAUAUUGAGGGAAUUCCUUUUUCAUUAGAAACUUCCGGAGUUGUUCAUAGACACUUAGAGACUAUAUCUUGGUUGGACCCUAUAUGUUGCACAAAGGAUCUCUUUACAAAAAUUCCAAAUUUAAAAAAAUUGGGAAUUAGGGGUAGACUCUCUUCUGAAAAUCCAAAUUACUUUAAUAAUUUUGUGCAGUUGGGGCAACUUGAGAAGCUAAGCAUCAAAGAUCCGUGCCUUCUAAGUGUUCUGCGUAGUAGCAUCCCAUGGACAACUAGUUUUCUACCAAAUCUUAAGAAGCUCAAGUUCAUGGAGACUAAUUUGCCAUGGAAUGCAAUGUGGCUUAUUGCUAUGUUGCCGAAUCUAGAGAUUCUAAAACUGAUUCAUGCUUGCAGAGGCGAAAAGUGGAAACCAUCUAAGAGAAGGUUCUGUCGAUUGAAGAGGUUAGUAAUUGAAAACACAAGACUCAGAUAUUGGAAUGUCGUGGGUGAACAUUUUCCUAUGCUAGAAUGUUUAGAGUUACGUAAAUGCGACUAUUUGCAAGAGAUCCCUAGUGAUUUUUCCGAUAUCAACACACUGGCAUUGAUUCAGUUAAAUGAGUGUUGGGAUUCCCUUUUGGCUUCUGCAAAGUGGAUUCAAGAAGAGCAACAUAACUACGGAAAUGAUACCCUCGUUCGUUCCAAAGAUAUUUGGUAUUUCAAUGAAAAAGGAGAAAUCUCAACUCUCAAGGAAGGAUAAUGUGCGUGAAUAGGAGGAAGCCAGGGAGUAAUAUGCCAAUGAAUAAUUUCACCCUUCUGUUUCUCCUUAACAUAUUAUUCUUAAGCACAGACAAAUGAGGAGGUGCUUCUCCUGCUGAAUCUCAGAUCUCCAAAGAUCAAGUUUAGAGGCACAAUUACCAAUAUUAGUUAAGUUGGUCAAACAGUUAAUAGUGACCAUAUGUUUCAAGUUCAACUCCCAACGGGAGCGGCCUAUUAACCUUCAUGGUUUCUGUCGGUCAGCUAUGGACAACUUAGAUUGGUUUAUCUAUUGAGAUCCUUUGUUCACUUAGAGUUAUAAGGCGGUGGGUUUACCCAAUACACACUUUCGGAUAAUGAUUCUGGAUUUCCCUCGUUACUAAAAAAAAAAAAAAUUGUUUAGAGGCACUAAUGAGAGGUGUUUGGCUGUUUUGGUGAUCUGAAAUGGUUUGUGUUUCUGGGAUGAAGCUGUUGAUUGGACUUUUAGGUUGGAAUAUCAAAAGCUGUGGUGACUGAUGAAUCUGCUAGUGGUUUUGUACUUGAUGUGGGUUUAUUGUUGUGCAUAUUUUGGCUCAAUACUCUGUUACAUGAUAUACUAUAUCUAAUCUAUAAUUUUAUAAACAAUCCAUUUAUGAAAUAAUGUAAUUAUUA